AUGGCCUUCUACAUGUCCGGACUCGCCGUGUCGCUAUACAAAUCAAGAGGUGCACAAGCCGAUUAUUCGCCCUCGGCACAACGCGAUGUCGCCAAUGUCUACGACACAACAGCAGGAGGCUUUGAUGCCGAAGUCAACUUUUCCGAGAAGGUCGGAGGUGUGAUAAGAGCACGGAAACAAAUGUCAAGUAUGGUCAAGGGGCAUGUGCUGGAGGUCAGCUGCGGCACCGCGAGGAACCUGGGCUACUACAGUUUCGACAAGAUCAAGAGUUUGACUCUGAUCGACCUCAGUCCGCAGAUGGUCCAGGAGGCUCGCAAGAAGUGGAACAUCUUGAACCCAGGCAAGGCUGCUGAAAAUGUGCCCAUCAGAUUCCUGCAAGGCGAUUGCAUUGGAGAAAUGCCCGAGCCACCGUCGACAACACAGGAGGCUGCGAAGAAGAGCGGUACCACUUUCACACCAGGAUUGACCAAGGGUUACGACACCAUAGUGCAGACCAUGGGUCUCUGUAGCACAGCACAGCCCGUCGAGCUGCUCAAGAACUUGUCAAAACACCUAGAUCACUCCAACCCGGACGCUAGGAUCCUUCUCCUGGAACACGGUCGCAGCUACAUCGGAUGGAUGAACAGACUCUUGGAUAUGACUGCACCUCAACACGCUGACAAGCACGGCUGCUGGUGGAACAGAGACAUCGGUCAACUCAUCGAAGAGAGCGGUCUUGAAGUCGUUAAUGAACGUAGGAAACAGUUUGGAACCGUUUGGAUCUUUGAGCUGAAACCGAAAUCCGUGACACAAAGCAUCAAAGAGAAGGCAGAGCAAGUUGGAGUCAAAAUCGAGGAGCAGGUCCAAACUCAAACCACUGAGAGAGGUUGGCUUUCUUGGAUGUCCAAGUGA